AUGCAAGAAGAAGUUGAAAGUAAUAAAACUCUUCUUUUACCAAUUGAAAGUCAAGAACAAUUUGAUUUAUUUAUUGAAAUAACUUCAACACCUAAAACAAAAUUUAUUCAACCAAAUUCAUCAACACCUAUUCAAAAAUCUUCAUCAUCUAAUAGUAAUAAUAAUCAUAUGAAUAAUAAUAAUACUCGUAUAUUUAUUCGUCCUCGUCGUACGUUAAAACGUACUUAUUGUAAAAGUGCAAUAUUUUUUCGUCAAUUAAAACGAACAUUUUUAUAA